CUCCCUCCCUCCCUCCGUCAGAGGCCUCCUGUCCACGAGGAGCAGAAGGUUCUCCAGACGAGCCUCUCCUGGACAGAUUCACUGCUGGAGAGAGACAGGCGGCUGUUUUCCCUGCUAAAUCCUGUGAACCUGAAGGAGCAAACUUUGUGGCGGACGUCCUGAACGAUGGACCUGCAGAGAGCCGCGUCCUCAUAGAAGCACCAUGGACAGGAGGGACGCUGGAGACGAUGAUAGGAAAGGGUCCUCGUGGUGCCCACCGGACCCCCCUCCCGCAGACAGCCCCCUGCUCCAUACCCUCCCACUGCCCUCGGACCCGAUGUCUCACCUGGGGACGCAGCGGGAAGCGCGCGACGCACCGAGGAGCGGCGGAUGGAGCAGGAGAACCGGCCCGGGGUUUCAAGGCAGUCAGGACCUGGGAGCGGCGCCCGCUGACCAGAACGUGGUCAUUCUGCACGCCAAGGUCGCCCAGAAGUCCUACGGCAAUGAGAAGCGGUUCUUCUGUCCUCCUCCUUGUGUUUACAUCAGCGGUCCUGGAUGGAGAAUCACGCAGGACCACAUGAAAGGCUACGCUGACUCUGUGCACGGGUACAUGUGUCUGGACAUCUCCAGCCAGUCUCAGGCUGACACCUUCAAGCUGGUGUUUGACGAGCAGCCGGACUCCAGGCGGAUGUUUGCCUGCGCCAAGUCGCUCUUCAUCUCCGACCAGGACAAGAGGAAGCACUUCUGCCUACUGCUGCGACUCUUCCUGGGCAGCAGACAGGAAGUGGGCUCCUUCCAGAGCAGGAUGAUCAAAGUUAUCUCCAAACCGUCCCAGAAGAGGCAGUCUUUGAAGAACGCCGACCUGUGCAUCUCCUCCGGCUCCAGAGUGGCUCUGUUCCACCGUUUGCGCUCCCAGACCGUCUCCACGCGUUACCUCUCAGUGGACAGAGGUGCGUUCAUCGCCAGCGCCAGGCGGUGGACAGCGUUUACCAUCACCACAGUGGGUGACCAAGGAGGCAUGGUGAUGAGUGAAGGCUUCAUCUGCUAUGGAUUGCUGGUCCAGUUAAUUUGUACCGAGUCAGGAGUGGCUCUGCCACCGAUGGUCAUUCGGAAAGUCAACAAGCAGCAGGCCAUCUUAGAUGUGGAUGAACCCGUCUCCCAGCUCCACAAGGUCGCGUUUCAGUUCAGAGACGAUUUCUGCUCCUUCCUGUGCCUUUCCAAUGAUGCCAUCAUACAGUACCAGGCUCCGCCCAGCAGCCAGGACCCCAGCAGGGUGGUGCUGAACGACGGAUCCUGCUGGACCAUCAUUGGCGUGGAGUCCGUGGAGUUCACCUUCAACCAGAGUCUGGCCUGCGUUCAGACCCCCGUCAGCCCUUUUCCUUCCAUCUCCAGGCUGGAGGUACUGUUGAACAUCCAUGUUCUGACCGAAUACUUCUGCUGCUCCUGCCUGGUGAAUGGGGGGGGACAUGUGGCCAUGCUGGAAGUCCAUGGAGAAAACUUCAGCCCCCACCUCAAAGUUUGGUUUGGCAGCAGAGAGGCUGAGACCAUGUUCAAGUCUCCCAGAUCUCUGCUCUGCGUCGUUCCGGACGUGUCCUUCUUCAGUGACGGCUGGCGCCGUCUGCGACACGUCAUCACCGUCCCUCUGUCCCUCAUCCGAACUGACGGCCUCAUUUAUCGCACGUCCUUCAGCUUCACCUACACCCCUGAGCUCCACCUGCCCCUGACCCCCCGAGGCCCUGCAAGUGGGGGGAGGAGAGAGGCCGGGCCACAUAGAGGCCCGGAGGAGAAGGCGGACGUCCUGUUGGAGAUGAUUCAUCAGGAGUUCACCAAAGCCAACUUUCAUCUCUUUGUGCAAAGUUAACUCAUUAAGGUUGAGGCAGAUGCAGACGCAGACGCAGCAAAGGACAAACAUGCAGACGCAGACGUAGGGUUUGCAGAAGCUGAAGCUGCAGAAUUAGGAAGAAUUUCUGGGUGAAGAACCGACUUGAGCCGAUUCCUGUUGAAUUUUCUGUGAGGCUGUUUGUGACGACAUGAUGUUCAAAACAAAGACUAAGAAAAGAUGAGAUUUUUCUUGACUGAUGCUCAAUUCCCCACAGACGUAAACGUUUACCAUGUGACUGCAGACUUCUUCCAAAAAUGCUUUUAUCAUCACCAGAAUUGUGUACCUAUAUCAAAAAAUGAAACGUUGAUUGACAGCAACAGCAGGUCCUGUUUUCUUCAACUGCUGUGCAGUUC